GGGCUUCCCCCACUUUCAUGAGUCUUCCUUCUACUAUAAGUGCUACUACUAAAGACGAUGUUUUGAAUAAAAGUCAUUUAGAAAUGUACACGCUUGUGGACCUCAUGCAGAGCUUAACUGUUUUGUAGUGCAGAAGGAGGGAACAGGGGGAGUUCCACCUGGGCGUGUGCUCACAUUAUAGUAGCCAAUCACGUUUUAGCAGCUGUUUCUUGUGCCAUUGGACAAUCCUGAUAAGGUUGUCCGGCACCAACGACUCUCCUAUGCCUCCUUUUUGUGUCCUUCCAUAAAGCUUUCUUUGUUUUAUUUCGUCUGAACGUGGGCCAUUGAAGCUCUGUGAGAAUGUAAAUCGUGAUGGAGAUAGACAAAUACGCUUGACUUGAAUGAACACACACUCAGGCAUUGAGAUAAUCCUCUCCGUUUUCAAGACAAACACGGUGGCUACUGCAGUUGAAUGAACCAAUAAUGAUGUCAGGCCAUUAGUCAAAGGAAGUAAGAAACGGCCAUUGUGUCGUUGAAUAACUGCACGACAUCGGUGUCCAUCUCCCCAUGCUUCAUCUAAUUUCCGAGGUGGACAGAGCAGGUGACAUGCCGAGAUCACCAGACUGGAUUGAUGCAAACAUGUUCUAGGCCACCGUUGCCUCUUGUCAUUUCCUCUUCUGUGUUAUUGAGUGCAGCGUAGCUCGCAUGAUUGUGAUGGAGUCUUUCCAUUCAUAACGGUUCAGUGGUUGCCGCGAUGCCAAAGUGGGAGAUGAAGUCCACCGCCCCCAGUGAUAAUCAAGGAGUCUUACGAGAGCGACGAUAAGGGCAUUAAAAGCGCCAAGUUAUGCAACGACAGUCCUCACUGUUAUUGGAUUCCUGCUGGAGUGCAGGACGCGACGCAGCACUUUUGAAUGAUUUCGAUUGUUUGUGUUUUCUGCCGUUUCUGUUAUUGUAACCGGAGGGCAUCCUUUUUGCGGAAAUGUGUUUCCGUCAUGAUUUGCCCGGCGUGCAAGGACAUGAAGCUCAGUCCGAUUGUAAAGACUGCUGUAAGAGCGUGUAACGACUGCCGUCACGGUGUGCUUUCUGAGGUGAUGGUUGUUGUUACGGGGCCCGACCCACUGGGCGUUGUGUUGGCCACGAGGCCUACUAACACUUUGUGCAGAAUGUUUGUCUAGGAGAAGCUGUUAGUCAUCAACACAGACGCCCUAGUUCAUGUCCAGCCAAAGCCAAUACAGCUGGUUCUACGACUAACUUAACUACUGGAGCACUCUCUGCUCCCCACCUCUUCUCCUUCUGAGCAUCUCGACCUCAGCGAUGUCUCCUGAUAUCCUACCUGUCGGACUGACUGGCCGGCCAAUUACUUUGUUAAUGUUUUGGCUAAACUCUAUGCUCCGUUGGUUUGGUUGCACUUUAACUCCAGCCUCCAGUGCUGUAAGACUGGGUGAAGUAUGGACAUGGCACCCUCUAGUGGAGGCUUGCGGUACAUGGCACAGUGAUCAUCGAGGUGACGGAGAUGCUGCACAACGCCAGCCUGCUGAUCGACGACAUCGAGGACAGCUCCACGCUGCGCCGGGGCUUCCCCGUGGCCCACAGCAUCUACGGCGUGCCCUCCGUCAUCAACUCGGCCAACUACGUCUACUUCCUGGGCCUGGAGAAGGUGCUGACCCUGGAGCACCCGGAGGCCGUGCGCGUCUUCACCCGCCAGCUGCUGGAGCUGCACCGCGGCCAGGGCCUGGACAUCCAUUGGAGGGACACCUACACCUGCCCCAGCGAGCAGGAGUACCGCGCCAUGGUGCUGCAGAAGACGGGCGGCCUCUUCGGCCUGGCCGUGGGCCUCAUGCAGCUCUUCUCCAGCUGGGGCCGCGACCUCAAGCCCCUGCUGGACACGCUGGGCCUCUUCUUCCAGAUCCGCGACGACUACGCCAACCUGCGCUCGCGCGAGUACAGCGACAACAAGAGCUUCUGCGAGGACCUGACCGAGGGCAAGUUCUCGUUCCCCACCAUCCACGCCAUCUGGUCGUGCCCCGAGAGCACGCAGGUGCAGAACAUCCUGCGGCAGCGCACGGACAACGCCGACAUCAAGCGCUACUGCGUGGACUACCUGGAGAAGGUGGGCUCGUUCGCCUACACGCGCCAGACGCUGCGCACGCUGGAGGAGGACACCUACCGGCUGAUCCGGGAGCUGGGCGGGAACCCCGAGCUGGAGAGCCUGGUCAAACACCUGGGCAGGAUGCACCAGGAGGUGGAGGCGGUGGGCGGCGAGGCGGCGGCGGCCGGUGACAGCGAGGCGGAGGCCGGUGAGGGCGAAACCCAGUGAGGAUCCUCCGCCUCCACGGACCGGGGGAACCCGGGCCGCGUGGGCCUGAGCCAGCGCCACGGUGCCCGGAUCGACAGACUGGAGGAGGUCCCUCUCGUCGGAUCACGAGGGGAGAUCCGUUUACCGUCCCCUGACUCCGUUGUCCAAGAAACCCCAAAAACACUGUUUGUGUUCCCGAAUGGUAACAGUUUUAAAUGCAGCCAAAUAAAGUUGUGUUACUUUUGUGCCUCCCAGACGUGCGGGUGUGUUUUGCCAACGCUGAUUUGCGCAAUGUGUUCCGUGUAUGCGAGAGAAGUGCAACUGUGCGCUCAGCGAAAAGGUUUGAGCUGUUAUCCAUCGACAAUGAGGUUAGACCCCGGAUCUCAUUUCUGGGCUUGACACACACACACACACACACACACACACACACACACACACACACACACACACACACACACACACACACACA